AUGCUGCUGGUGGCCACGCAGUGCCACCCGGACUUGGGCCGGGCAGCGCUAUUCCGCAUGGUUUUGUCCGUGGAGGGGCGGGUGGCCGAGCUAGUGGAGCAAGAUGCUGGCUGCGAUGAGGGGUGGUGGACACACCAGCCCGGGAGUGCGCUUUCGCAGGUGGUCCUCUUUCUGUCGGAGCUCUACAGGCACGCACUGGUGGCCAUGGGCGUCGCAAGUACUGAAACGGUCAACCUCGACACGCAACUCGCGAUCGACCGUUUCCUGAAGUUCUACUACGGCCAUCCGGGAUUCCACAUCAACAACACGCUCGUCGUUCUGUCUGUUGGUCUUUGUCGCAACUUUGACGUCGAGCAUCAUGAUCUGUCAACACACGUCCUCGGGACAGUUUACCUCUAGUCACGCUGUAUGCUAAAACUUGGUGAAUGUCUCAUCCAGGAUCCACUGGUGUAUCAUCAGGAUCUUCUUGGUCUUCAUCCGAAGCUUCUCUACAUUUAUUGAUCCUCCUUCGCACAUGCCAUCUCCAACUAUGUGAAUGGUUCCGGGAAGAUACUAUACCUUUUACGCCGAGCUUCCUGCCAGUCUACCAUGAUGUAUGUGGGCUGUUCCCUAGUUUGAGGACGCAGUCGCAAGUGUUGCUGUCUCAGAUCUGUGAUACCAAACGGCACCUUCGAGCCAUCCGAGCCCCAAAAGGAUGAGCUGUCGAUUCUCAGCGCGAAGAUGCAUACGUUGACAAC